GCGGUCCCCAUAAGAGCAACCCCAAUUCCCCAAGCGUACUAUAUACAUGCCACAACGUGGUCUUCAUUUUCAUCCACUGCACGCCUCCCCAUAGUCUUCCUAAGUUGACUGAACCUUGCUUUAAUUUGAGCUUCUGCAAGACAGCAACUUUCUUGGGAAUAAGUUUUGAAGGUUGAGGGAUAGGAUCAGUGAACUGCUUGGAACCAAACUGUCCCCCUUUGCAAGGUACGGCUCUGUUUAAUUUCUUGCUGAAAAUCUCAGUGACAAUCUGCCCGGUGGGAUCUUUUGCUGUUUUUCCUUGGAUUCUAUCCCCGCCUUCUCUUGUUCGGUCAGGUAUGUAUACAUUUUCCUUAUCGGUGCUCAGUGGCCACAUCCCCUGCCCAUUGAGCGUGGUCGGGUCAUGUCGAGCUAAUUCUAGGCUCAUACUGUACCCGAACUACUUCUGGCUUGUUCUUACUUCUUAUUACGCACCCAUACACAUAUCCAAGACCGGAACGCGCAUUCCAGCGACCCGUAGAAAGAAUGUUUUUUUUUAAAAAGAUUAACCCGGACCUGGUACGUCGUUGUCGGGCCCUGUGCGAUUGCGAGGUGGAACUUGGAAGUCCAUGGUGAUGGGAUCGGUAGGAGGGCGUGCGCCGAUGCAGAGCUUCUUUAGCCAGCCUGUCCUUGUGGGGGAGAGAAACGUGGCUUAUCUUGACUCUUGAGGACCCAGAAAAAGGGGUUAGGCUCAGGGAGAAAUUUUUGGAAUGCAGGGAGCGAGGGUUUAAAGAUAGGGAGAAAGCGAGUUAGGUAUGGGCUAUGGCGGAAGCUGUACCGCUGUGGUUGAUUUUUAGCAUUUUGUGGAUGAAUGAACCACUAACUUUAUGUCUUUAUCCUUAUUUAUCUUAGACUUUUUAAGUCAAAAGCAUAACUUUUAUCAAUUAUUUUAAGGUGACAAUUCUGGUACCCAUUUAAAAAAUGGGAUACCGUACCUAUGGGUACCAUAGAAUUUACCUUAUUUUAAUUCAUCUCAAUAUUAAAAUAAGGUCAAAAAAGUGAUUAAUUUCCCCUCAAUAUUACUAAAUGCAACACAAUUUUCAAAAAAAUGACUAGUUUCAAAUAUUGACAAAAAUGUGACUAAUGAGGUCAUAGAUUUGGAAAAGGGUACUGUAACUAUAAAUAAUUAUGUUACUGCGAUUUUUUCAUGUCACUAAGAAGUUGUCAUUGUCAAAUUUUUAAUGUCACUUACGAAUGUCACUGUUGUCAUAAACAUGUCAUUGUCACCGGAAAACAUGUCACUAUGACCAUUUCCGAUCAGCGAAAUUGUCUCCGCCAACACCACGACCGAUCAACCACCACACCCGACUCCCACACUCGCACUCAGCCCCGUACACACACCUAGCAACCACCACCGUAGACAGCCGCCACCCUAUCCGUGACCACACCGGCCCCUCCCCAGCCCCAGCCCAACCCCACCAGCUCCCUCCUUGCCCCAUCCCCAACCCACCAGCCCCCUCCCUAGCCCCUCCCCGGUCCACCAGCCCCCUCCCUUGCCCUCCCCGGCCCACCAGCCCCCUCCCCAUCCCACCAGCCGCUACCAGCUGCCUCCCCAGCACACCAGACCCUUCCCCAUCCCAACAGCCCCUCCCCAGCUCACCAGCUCCAUCCUUAGCCCACCAGCCUCAUCCCCGCAGCCGUCACAUCGAAUCACUGCGCCACCACUGACCGUGGCCACAAUUAUUCCUAUAACUGACCCCAGCGCAACCCUAGCUGCAGACAACAGAUCCGAAAUCCUAAUCAACCAAAUCUCUGUCCCAAUCGAAGCAAUAGUAGAUGUAGAAACCAAAUCGAUGUAGAAAGGAGAGGAAGAAGAUUUAGGUCGGUCAACAAUGGUUGUCGUCUCCAAGGCUCGAGACGCCAUCGUCGUAUCAUAGCCGCUGUCAUUGUCGUUUUUUACUGAAUCGUUGCCACCAUCUCCGAUGGAGAGGUCGUGUCGGAGAAGAAGAACGAUGUGGAUGGUGAUGAGAAGCAGAGAAGCAGAUAGAAGGCGCGCAGAGAGAUGCGGUAGUCCAUUGGUUGCGCUAGGUGAUGCCGAUCAAAAGAGAAGCAGAAGCUUUGUACGAACGUGAAACGAGAAUGAGUUAUUAGAUUUGGGCUAUGAGAGUUGAGUCACUUUUUGUCUAUGUAUAAAAUGGUCAUAUAUUUGUCCAUUCAAACUCUCUAACUAAUAUUUUUGUCAUUCUUUCUUAAUUUAAUCAAUAAUUUGGAGUUACAAUCAGCCAAAAACUCAAGAUCCACCAUCUUCUAAAAAACUCCAUCUAAACUCAAAAAAAGCCCUACGAUCAGACUAUGAGACGUUCACCUCCAAACAAGCAACACAAAUCGCUCGCCACCAAAAAAGCAACAUAUAGUUCUUUCUGACCCUUAAGGUCACUGUACUCUUUACCACUUCAAUAAACUCAAAAUAGCCGAAGAGUUCCCUCAUUCCGUGAUCAAAUAUAGAAAAAUUCGUCCAAAACAGAGAAUUUUUUUUGUUGAACAUAUGGAAGAUUUGAGGCAAAUAACGGUAAUGAGCACCCCCCAAACUAUCUCUAACACAAGCAAGCCAAAAACAUAGUAAAAAGUCUAAAAAGGCAUAAGUAAAACUAGAAAGAAAAGGAGAGCCAUUAACCGCAUUAGCCAGAUCCAAACUUGAAACGUUUUUUUCCAAACCCUAAUCAUCUAAUCCCUCCAUGGUGGCGGUUCCGAAGGAGGAUGGGCUGGCAAUAUUGCAUGUUCUUCCUCACCCCUCUCAUUGUGCAUCACCUUCUCCUUGAACCCACACAUCCAGCCCGAACUAGAUUUGCUCAUUUGCAUCAGGUGAAAGCUUUGCACCACGAAUCACAAGAACACUACAAGGAUCUCAAUGAUACUCCAAAAUCCUGUCUAAGCAACCUUUGACCACUACCACAAAGGAUAGACCAAAAUUGUCGAACACAGUGAUUGAAAAAGCUCACCACCGAAAAGAGAAACCCUAGAAUGCUAGGGAAAUGGCUGCACUACAGAGCGUAUAAGAGUGGCGUGUAGCAAUUCUUUUUUGAUGAAUUUAUACUUUUAUGAUAUUAUUUUUAAUAAAGAACAAAGAGAGUAUAAAAUUGUUCAGGAUAAGAUUAAAAUAUGAACAUAAUUCUAAAAAUAAGAGUAAAGAUAUUUUUAAUUGGAUUGAUUUGAGACUAUUGAGUCCCUUAUAACUAGGUCAAACUUGAUUAUGCCAAAAUAUGAUGCGAUCAAAAUUCUACAUUUCAAUAAUACACAUAAAAUAAACAUCUAUAAAAUCAAAUCUACAAAUUUAAUCAUAUCAGACCAAAUUUAAACAAAAUAGAUGAGAUCAUACCGAACUAGAAAGUCUCAGUCCAAUUAAAAGAUUUUAAAUAUGCUUUCUUUCAAAAAUAGGACUUAUUUACUCCUGUUAAAAUUAUAGACUUUUCGAAAAUAGAAGUGAAUGUGUCCGAUUUUAUGAAGAAAACAAUGAAAAAUUUUAUAUUAUCAUAUUAUGUUUUACUCUUAUUAUGUAAUUUUCAUUAAACGUUAAGGAUUGACAUAAAAGUAUCUUGGUAACACGGGGCACUCUUCAUUGGCAAGUUACCUGUGGCAGCAGUUGUGGUUGAUUUCAGCAUUUUGUGGAUAAGCGUAUAGGAAAUUGCUCAAAAUAGGAUAUGAAUAAAUUAUAGAACAAGACUAAAGAUGUUAUUAAUCGGAUGGUUUCAGUGUAAGACCUGAUCAAAUUUAAUUAGAUCAAACUAGAUUAGACCAAACCAGACUCCGAUAAUGAUAAAACUAUAUUAUUUUAAUAAUAAUAAAAUAAAAUAAUACUCCCUCAUCGCAUAAUAUUUUGUCAAAUUUCUUUAUUUAGUCGUGCCAAAAGACCAGGUAUAUUUCAAUCCUCAAUACUUAUAUGUUUAUUCUUUCUAGAGAGAGAUUUAUAUUGCAACUUUGUUUGACCACAUAAGCCUCUAGAUUUUAUGCAUCAUAUUUUUAUAAUUUGGGUUCACAUGAGAGUAAAAUGUGAAUUUCUCUUCUAAUAUGUGAUUGAUAUUCCAACGGUAGUUACUUCAUAUUGAUACAUAGAGUAUAUUCUUAUGUUGCAUUGCAUAAAUGGAUUGUUAAACUUAAGAAAAAAAUGAUAAUAAUAUAUUGAUUUAGAAAAAAUUUAGAAAACUAAUUGGCAAACAGAAUCCAGAGCCUUGACUAAAGAACUUACCUCGAAUGUUCAUAUUAAUCAAGAUUGCAAUAUUUGAAAAGUUAAAGAACAUGAAAAUACAAAAGACAUAUUAUCUAAACAUCAAUAGUUGCAAAAAAUGAGCUUUUCAAACCUCAAAACACCAUAAAGAAGAAAAAAUAAAUAUAAAAUUUAGAAAUUAACUAAAGUUUUGAGUGAUUCAUUUGUGAAGGAUUGGUGGGUUUAUAUAGAAUAGUAACAAAUUCUUGAUAGUCUAUUCAUAAUCCUAGAUAAGUACGUGAUGAAAUUGUUGAGCCAUACUGUCAAAAUAUAUUCAUCUCAACUACUCAAUAAUAUCUUGUGUAGUAGUUAGUUUUCUACAAAUUCAGAAACUUACAGCAAUGGCUUUACCAUUUUUAUUCAACGAACCAAGUGGGUUCAGCGCCUUUUUCGGCUCGUGUCCGGCGCGUUAUGGGUCUGGGUCUAGUAUCAGAUCGGUUCAGUAACCUUUGGACAUUUGUAAACAUUUAACUCUUGUGCCAGUUUAGUAGGGUCCGUCGCCGUGUUUUUUCAUCUCACAAAUACAUUGUAUUUUGUCCUCUUUUGGCUUCAGCGAAUGUGUGCAGUUUUAAACCGCUUUCAACAUGUUACUUCACUUUCUUAGAUCUUGGUCAUACUUCAUAUUUCUGAAACAUCUUGGGGGGUGUACCUGUAUUCCUCUCUUUUUCCUAUAUAAGUUAUUAUUUUUACUUUUGUAAAUCAUGAGUAAUUAUUGCGUCUAUCACACUUCCAGCGAAAAUUAAAUUCAUAGAUUAAAAGUGAUAUAAACACUACAUUUGAAAAUAUAAUGUGAGAUUAUAAAACAUAAAAGUAAACAAUUAGAUUGAAUGGUUAACAUAACUAAAUAGAUGUAAAAGCAAACUUGUAAGGACCGCCUCAAUGUCGAGGCGUAAAGUUAUUACAUCCUCUCGUUAUCACAAUUCACAAAUAUAUAUAUACAUAAUUUGACGCAACUUGAUUGAUCUAUGUGAUAAGUCAUAAGAGCAAUAGUUAAUGUUACUUUUCAUUCAUAACACUAACUAUGUACAAUAUAAACACACAAACAUUGAGUAUUAAAUAGGGUAAAAUACUUUUAUUUCAGUAAAUAAUAAUUAACUUACAACAUUAUGUUAAUAAAAGAAUCUUAUGCUUCCACCAUAAUGUACGCCAUAUUUGAUCCAUAAUCUAUUAAAGUUUUUCUAUUGCUUGUACCAAAUGUUUGUAAACCGAUCGGUACUUGUUGCUCAUUAAUAUAAAUACUCUAAAGCUCCACAUUGUAAUUUUCUCUCACCAUUUGAUGCAUGUUAGUUGUAUAGAUAAUAUUUGCAAAAAAAUAGAUACAUAUAUUUCUAUCUAAAGAAUGCAUAAUUCCUAAUUUGUGUGUGUUUAUGUGUGUAUAUAAAGAAUAUAUGCAUAUAGCAUUAUAGACAUGUGUGCGCGUGCGUGUGCAUAUCUAUAGACAUGCACAUUUGCAUACAUAUACAGACACACAUAAACAUUUCACACUUACUGAUAGAGUAUAUCUAGAGAGAAGUGAGAGCUAGAGAGAGAAGUGCAAUAAUAUGCUUCAAUAGAAUGAUUUUGUAACCCCUAUAACUACUCCCAAGGGGAGUAUUUAUAGAGAAAAUACGGGCUGGGCUCCCAAGCCUUGGGCUUGGGAGGCCCAUUUACAACUGGACCGCUACUGGGCCGAAUACAAAGCCACUAAUGGGCUGUACAAAUGAGUAAGUGCGAAAUCCGGUUCUGGGAGGUCCUCGUGGCUGACGAGGGCGUGGCCGACGAGGGCACCCGGGUUCCUUGGGCUCAGGACCAUAAUCUGGGUUGGCCCCUUCUUCGGCCGACGGGGGCGUCUUGGCCGACGAGGGCGCCACUCUGUGUCUUGUGUUUUCUGUUCUUCCGAGUAUGUGGGUCCGGGGGCUCAGACCCAUAUACUCCAUCAGGAGUCCCCCACUCUCUAAGCUGAGACGUAGACGAAGUGAAGGAGAGUAGAUUCCCGUGCUUUAGUGCUUUUGGCCGAUGCGGGCAUCCCCGGGCCGUUAGUCGUUGCGGCGUUGGCGUUGUUUCCUCUUUGGUGAUCCUGUUCUGUGCUUUGGCCGUUACCUGUUCCUCGCUGUGGGCGGGGAUGCCGUUUUUUCCUUAAUGUGUUCAUUUGAGGAUGAUGAGUGUUCUUGUUUCAAUGGCGGCCGUUGAAGGCAUGCUUUCCCUUUCCUGGACGUUGGUGGUUGAAGUUUAUGUUUGGGCCGAUGAGGCCGUUGAGGUUGUUCCUUGCUUUGAGGACGAUGGCGUCCUUUCCUUUGGGUGGCCGAUGAGGGUGCUCGCGCACUCCUUUUGGCCGUUGUUGAUGAUGUUAUGUGCCUCUGGCCGACGAGGCGCCAUUGUGAUGCGUGGACGAUGUGGCCAUGCUUUGUGGUUACAUGUUCUUUGUAUUGUUCCUUUUUGUUUUGUUGAGGCCGAUGUAGUCCCCCAGUCCCCCACUGCUUCAGGCCGAAGAGUGUGAGGGGUGAAGGAGUUGCUUGAGUCCCUGGCCGAAGCGGUCUCUCCGUAGUCCCCCUGAAUCCAACCCUCAUGGCGAUUUUCUGGCCAAGGUAACCCUGUGGGAGAACCCUUGUGCGCAGAUCGCUUGUAGAGAGUUAUCAUCAAGGAUCAUUACGAGGAGCCGAUGGCUGUGGGCUCUUUGUUCCUUUUGUGCUGUGGCCGUUACGGGCGUUCGUUACAUUCCUGGCCGUUGUCGUCUCCUUAUUGUUGGCGUUUGUGAACCUGGCAAGCAAAUGGGACGUUGUGGGCGCUUGCCGGCAAGUAGGACGAUGUGGGCGCUUGCUGGCACUCGUGAAGCCGGCACGUGUAUAGGCCGUAGAGUCCGUCUUGCCAGUGGGCUGUUGUUAUUGAGUUUGGCCCGUUGGUGACGUGGUGGCCUCCCAUUGGUGACCGUUGAUGUGGCCAUUGGGAGGGUGCCACGUGUAGUGACCGUUGGGUGGGGGGGUUCUAUAAAUACCCCUCCCCCUCCGACGAGAAACCACAUUUGCAUUCUGAAUUGUCGAAGUGUUGGCCAUUUUUCUAGAGAGAUAAACUCCCAAGCUUGUUCUUCGUGUUCUUCGUUGUUCAAGGUUAGUGUUCAUCGCCAUCUUCUGUACUUUGUGCAUACUUUGCUUCCUAGGCUAGUGAUCUAGUGUUAGGCGUUUGAACACCCUUAGAUCCUAAGUUACUUCCCUUAGGCUCGUAGUAGUAGUUAUGAAGAGAUUGAACGAAGACUACUACCCUUACGACGACCAGCCCUCCACGAGGUCACUUGACUAUGAGGUGCUCGAGGAGUUCGAGGAGGAGAUACAACAUUUGAGUCCUUACAAAUCCGAAGAGCUGGUGGACGAUGAAGUCGAGGACGAGGAGUCCGCCUCUUCUUCCAGGGGUGAGGACGCAGGUGCGUCUCGAGUGGUGGACGGGGCGUCCACUUCCGCUGUCAUUCCCUGCCCGAGGCCGGUGUCUGCCGUGAAAGGAGCAGAUAAGCCGAAGAGGGUGAGGAGGCCGAAGAGUGGGCCGGGCCUCUCCUACCUCGAUCUCACCAACAUCUUUUUGAUUAAGCCGGAGAGCAGCGCGGCCGACUAUCUUGUUGCCCAGAUGUAUGUGGGGCCGUUUGGGCGGGUUAGGGCACCCAGGCCGACGGACCAUGUUCUUCUUCCGCCACCGGGAUACUUUGGAGUAUACCCGAUGAGUUUUGCUAAGGGGUUGAGGUUCCCCCUUCACCCUUUCAUCACUGAGUACCUGGACAUGGUAGGGCUUCCUCCGGCCUUGCUGACGCCGAACAGUUAUUCCUUGAUGGUGGGGUUUUUGCUCCGGUGUGAGGAGCUGGGCUACAAGCCGACAACGGCCCUAUUCAUGAAUCUGUACCAGAUCGGCCGAGGAAGCCACAAGAACUGUGCGGCCUAUGCUACUCUUCAACAGCUGCCAAAGAAGAGGAGCUUCACGGACUUGCCUUCGUCCAUUCAUGGGUGGAAGAGCAAGUUCGUUUUUGUAUCCCUGGGUGAGAGUGGCACCGAGUUUCCCUCCCUCGGCCAUACCGGGAGGUUCAAUCUCCAUGACCCGCCGAAGAGCUCUAUCUUGGAUGCUCAGGUGGAGGCUUUCCUGGAAGGGGGGCCGAGGAGCGUGAAGGAUUACAUUACUGAAUAUAAGAUGACCGCCCUCGGCUUCUUUAGAUACCAUGUGUAUGGCGAUAAGGAGGAUGAUCUCCAACUCUGGCCGAGGAUGACUACCACCUUCGAAGAGGCCGACGGCCCGGACUUGGGCAUCCCCGCUGAGGCCGAUGGUAAUGAUUUCUUCGGCUUUGUGUCUUUAUGCUUUGUUCUUUUGCCUUGCUAAUCUGUUGUUUUUCCUUUGUAGAUUUCGUCAUGGAUCGCCGUUCCAUAAUGGCUAUUGCUAAGGCCAAAGCGGCCGAGGAGUUGGCUGCUAAGGCAGCCGAGGCGGCCAGACGUGCCGCGGCCGAGGGAAGCGGGGCUACUGCUGGUGCGGCCCCAAAGCCUGCCCAAUCCAAGAAGAAAAGUCCUCCUACUGACGGCCAGAAGAAGUUAACUGAGGCCGGCCUGAACGUCGCCAAGAAGACGAAGAGGGCACCGUCUCCUUCCCAGGCUACUGAGGCCGGCACCCUUGCCGUCCCCAGUGUGGCCGAUAGCGGUCCUGUUGUGGACCUCACUGCUGCUGGCGAUGCUGCCCCAUCGCUUCCUCUCGUCCAGGAACCACGGACGAAGAGGGCCGGCAAGGAGAUUGUCGGUGCCACCUACCAGAAGAUGGUAGAGUACCCCGUCGGCGGGGGGGUGUUUGAUGAUGUCGUCCUUGGCCACGACGUCCUGGCCCAGGCCAUGCCGGCCAAAGAUAGGGCCUAUCUGAAGAGGCUCGGGGACGUGAAGAUUUACGAGGGCGGCAUGGACCUCCUCGUCCAAGUAAGUUACUUUCCUUCGUAUGUGUCGUUUUUUCUCGUCGUCCAUGUAGAGUCGUUUGCCUGAGUUUUGUUUUCCUUUUCUGCAGAGUGCCUUUAUGCUCAUGGAGAGCCAUAAAAGGCAGUACCGGGAGAUAGCUCGUUUGAAGGAGCUGGAGCAGAAGGCUGCCUCGGCCGACGAGGCGGUAGCUUGCCUGGAUCGGCUCCGGGAGGAUGCCAAGGCUUUGCAGCAAAGGGUCGAUGAAGCCGCUGCAGCCAGGGACGAUGCCCUGGCCAAGCUCGAGGAGAGCAAGAGGGAGCUUGAGGCCGAGCGGCGCAAGAAUGAAGAAGCCGUGAAGGCGAAAGCUGAGGCCGAGGCCGCCGCUGUGAGGGCUGCUGAUGAGGCCGUUGAGAAGUUCCUGGCCGAGGGUUGGAAGGCCGAUGAGAGGCUUCCCUGGUGCUACGAGGUGGUGGCCGCCAGGCUUGAGAGUUGGGGGAUGAACUCCCCCGCCGGCCAGGAGUAUUUCAGCAGAGAGAUGGCCGUGUAUUAUAACAUGGGCCAGGAGCGGAUGCAAAGGCUCCUGUGUCGGCGGCUAUCUCGUGCUUUGAAGGCCAUGAAUUACACGUCUGGGUGGGCUAGACGGAACCUGAAGCUUCCAAAGCUGAUGAAGGAUCCUGAAGAGCAGGCCCAGCUUCCGCUGUCGGAGCGUGAGUCCCCCAUUGAGAGUUCUGGCCUCGGCGAGCCGGAUUACACGGAGUUUGAUUUCCUCGACGAUGCCACCAGUGCUGCGGCUGCCGGCGGCCAGGAGGCUGAGGCCGAAGAGGGAGCUGAAAACGUUGAAGAGCCAGCCGAGGAUGGAGGCGCUCAUGAGGCUUGAUCGGCUACUCCCUUGUAAUUAGUUUUUAUUUUUUCCCAAAUGAUGUAACGGCCGAAGAGCCCACCUUUGUACUGAACUGAAUAUAAAUGAAAUUUUUUGCUGUCCUGAUCGGCUUUGAAUUCCUUGUAUGCUUGUUGCCUUUUGUCAUUUCACAACUUGGUUCACCCGCGAGUGUCCGCUACGUCCGUGAGGUCGUCCUCCCUGUACUGUGGCAUGGUCGGCCUGUUCAUCUUUGCUUUACUAUCAGAACACUUAGGAUUUUUUUUUAAAAAUUUCCUAAGUGUUUUGGGUCCACGUAGUUGCUUUCCUUCCGGCCGGGUGGCUUGGUCGGCCUGUCCGGUGCUUCCUUACUAUCAUAACACUUAGGAUUCAUUCAAAAUUUUCCCAAGUGUUUUUGGAUUCACUUAGGUGCUUUCCCUUCGGCCUUGACCGUGGUGUCCGCUCCGUCCUGGCGUUGGAUUUAUCAUUCUUGACAAAUGCUCUGGGAGAUUUCCCAAGUGUUUGAGCCAGUGUCGUUGUCGGCCUGCAUCCUUGUGUUGUGGCCGAUAAGGGCACCUUCACCUUGAUCUUUUGAACUUAGAAUUUUUCUAAGUACACAUGCAGAGGUGUAGGUAGCUAACGGCCUUGGAGUAUACAGGUACCCGCUUCGGCUAGAGUUCCUUCAUUUGAGUACUUAGAGAAUUUUUCUAAGUAUAAAUGUAAGGCAUUUACUUCUUUGUGGUACCGCUGCCGGCCAAGGUCUGGCUUGUGGCCGAUGAGGGUGCCGGACAAGGAAUGGUUUUACCAAGGAGAUGGUCCUACCUUCGUCGGCUAGCCAUGGUUCCUUGUUGAGGAACCCUCUUUUUUCUCAGGAUUUUUUCUAAGUGUUUGGCAAACACUUGAACAAAUUCCCAAAUAACUUUCGCUUGACCAACAGCCUUGGUUCCAGUGCCUGCAGCGACCAUCCGAGAUGCUGUGGCAAGUAGAGGUUGUUUCUUGAUUGCUUGAUUCUUCCGCGGGUGUGAUAAGUGCCCGCUUCGUCCUGGUCAUCCUCAGGAUUGUGAUUCUUUGUUUCAUACCACGCGUUGGUGCUUCAAAGGACUGUGGCCGAUGAAGGUCACCUCUCGCGUAUCACCCAAUCGAUGCGGUUAGGGUUUUAUAGGCGUGUGUUUCGGCCUUGAUCAUUCCCUUGUAGUGCGUGGACGUGUCGUCCAUGAUACCUGUCAGUGGUGCUACACUUGUGUUCAACUGAUAUGUAUUUGGCCAAACUGGGCCUGAAUUGUGGGGAUUUUAUUUUUCAUUGCUCGAGGCCGGCAAGUGUGCACGGCCGUCGGCUUCCCUCUUUUUCCCUUGUAUAUUUUUUUUUUCGUUUCGGGGAGUAUCCUUCUUUCAGGCUUCGGCCGAAGGGUGUGCUCGUCCUUCGGCCGGUUCGGACUUCGUUUAUAACGUCCGUGAUCUCAGGGCGGGUCCCGUCGCCUAUUUAUGACGCGGGCUAGACUUUUGGUUGGUUUCCAACGGCUGUCGUUGCCCAUCCCUGAGUUUUGGGAUUUUGUCACCUCGGCCAUGAUUUCAGGCCUGUCGUCCUGCGAUCUGGCACGUGGACGACGCGGUGAGCUUCCCGUUUCAAGACGUGGGCCGUUUGCGGGCCCCUCGUCCUGGGGACAUCGUCGGCCAUACCUGAGCGUUUGACUUCUAGGCUUACGGGGCCAGGAUGAUGUGCUCUCUCAGCUAGGCCUGAGCCCUUCGCUGAUACAAAAUACAAUGGAGUGCCUGAGCUUGUUGCUCGUAGGCUUCAAAUGCAAGGGGCCACGUCGGCCAUACCUGAGCCUUUCGCUCUAAGGUGGCCGACGGGGGCACCUGCUAAUGUUUUACUUUAAAUUCCAGAGAAAAAAUCAGGAACAUGAUUUUAUUCAUAAGUGGCUCGAGGCCGAGGGUGGCGUUCAAUCAGUAACCCGUUAAGGGGUGAGGGCUUCGCCGUCUACACCUCCUUCGAAUUACUGAUAAAACUUCACCAGAUGGUGUACAUUCCACGUUCGUGGUACAUUGGACCCAUUCGGGCGUUUGAGCUUGUAGGUGCCGGGUUUGACCACGGCACUGACGAUGUAGGGCCCUUCGUACUUCAAUGCUAGCUUGCCACCCUCUGUCGGCUGGCUUGCUUCCCUUCGGCGGAGGACGUAGUCCCCCACCUGAAAUUCCCGGGAACGUACCUUGGCGUCAUAGUAUGAUUUUACUUGACACCGGUAGUUCUCUGCUCGGACGUAAGCUUGCUCACGCCUCUCAUCGACCAGGUGCAGGUCAACCUUCAUGUUCUCUUCGUUGGCGUCAGGCUCGUACUGUUCCACCCGUCGGCUGGGGAUGGCAACUUCCGUGGGUGCUUUUGCCUCAAAGCCGUAGCACAGGGCGAAAGGCGUUUCACCUGUCGCCCUCCUCGGCGUAGUUCUGUAGCACCACAGGAUGUUGGGGAGCUCGUCGACCCAACUACCUCCUGCAGCCUGGAGCUUCUUCUUCAGCCCCUCCAUAAUUGUUCUGUUGGCGUUCUCGACCUGCCCGUUGCCCUGAGGGUAGGCAACGGAGGAGAAACGAUGCUUUACCCCAAACUCCCGGAGGAGUUCUUGGAAAGGGGCUACCUCGAAUUGGGUGAUGUUGUCUGAUAUAAUCUCCUGGGGGACGCCAAAGCGUGUGAUGAUGUUCUUGUAAGCAAAUUUUUGGCAUCUGGCCCCCGUGAUGCUAGCCAAGGGCUCCGCCUCGACCCACUUGGUGAAGUAGUCGACGGCGACGAUGAUGUAGCGGUUAUUCCCGGCGGCUCUGGGCAGGGGGCCGACCAGGUCAAUCCCCCAUCUGGAGAAUGGAAUUGCGGUGCUGACGGGGGCGUAGUUGACGGCUGGCCGACCAGGGGCCUUCUGGAGUACCUGACAUGUGGUGCACUUCCUGGCCAGGUCAGCGCAGUCGCGUGCCAUCGUCGGCCAGAAGAAGCCCUGGACGACGAGACGCCGGGACAUGCUGAAAGGCCCCUGGUGUGAGGAGCAGACGCCACAAUGAACUUCUUCCAUGGCUAUGUCGGCCUCAUCCUGGUGGAGGCAUCGAAGGAGAGUGCCAUUGUAGGAUCGUUUAUAGAGUUUGCCAUCUUCGAUGGUGUAGCUUGGGGCCCUGAGUUUGGCAAGUUUGGCUCUCUCCUCGUCCGGGGGCAGCUCCCCCGUUGCGAUGAAGGUGGCGAUGUCGGAGAUCCAGUCCUCUGGUCGUUGUUGGACGCACAAGACGGGGCUGGCAUGGAUGCUGGACAUGCUCAACUCCUCGAUCUUGGCCAACUGGGAGAUGUGCUCCGGGGUGUCCGAGCUGAGUUUGGAGAAGAUGUCGGCUUCGGCGUUCUCGGCCCUUGGGAUCUAAGUGAUCUCGUGGGUUUCAAACGCUUUCAGCAACUCCUCCGCCGCUUGUUUGUACUGCUUCAUCCAGCCUUCCUUUGCUUCGUACGAUCCCUCCACCUGGCCCACUACCAGUUUGGAGUCGCACUUGAUUUUGAGGUGCUUGGCCUUGAGGCCGGCUGCGAGUCUGAGACCGCUGAGAAGGGCCUCAUACUCGGCUUCGUUGUUGGACACCCUGAAGUUGAAGCGGAUGGCAUGGUAAGCUCUGAAUCCUUCAGGGGAUAUGAGGACGCCGCCGCCGCCGCAUGAUUUCGCGGCCGACGAGCCGUCAGUGAACAAGGUCCAUGUAUCGUCCUGCUCCGGCCCGGGGUUGGCGACGGCCGUCUCCCUUGCUGUGCAUUCGAUGACGAAGUCGGCCAAGGCUUGCCCUUUAAUGGAUGGCCUUGGCUUGAUCUCAAUUUGGAACUGGCUGAGGAAGAUCGCCCAUUUCACCAUCCUAGAGGAGCUGGUGGGGCUCCUCAUGAGUGCGCCGAGAGGCUGCUGGGUCAGUACAUGGACGGCGUGGGCCUGGAAGUAGUGUCCCAGCUUCUUCACCGUAUGGACGAUGGCCAGCACCGUCUUCUCAAUGGGGGAGUACCUGAGCUCGGCCUCCCUGAGCGUCUUGCUGAUGUAGAAGAUGGCCUUCUGCACCCCUUCGUCCUCACGGAUGAGCACGGAGCUGAUGGCCGACAUGCUCACCCCUAAGUACAAGAAGAGGGUUUCGCCGGCUUUGGGCUUGGAGAGCACGGGUGGGGACGACAGGUACCUUUUCAAUUCGUCGAAUGCUUCCUGGCACUCCGUCGUCCACUUGAAGCUGUUUGCUUUACGCAUGAUCUGAAAGAAGGGGAGUGCCCUCUCGGCUGACCUGGAGAGGAACCGGUUUAAGGCCGCCAGGCGCCCCGUCAGUCGCUGUACCUCCUUGACGUUGCGGGGCGGCUCCAUGUUGAUGAUAGCCUGCGUCUUCUCCAGGUUUAUCUCGAUGCCUCUCCGGCUGACCAUGUAGCCGAGGAACUUGCCGCCCUGGACGCCGAAGGCGCAUUUCUUGGGGUUGAGGCGGAGCCUGAACUCCUUCAUUAUUUCAAAGAUUUCCCGGAGGUCGUCGGCGUGGGAGGUGGCCUGCCUGCUCUUGACGAUCAUGUCGUCGACGUUCGCCUCCAUCGUCCGGCCAAGGACCGCUCUGAAGAUCUUGGCCACCAUCCUAGUAUAGGUGGCGCCAGAGUUUUUGAGUCCGAAGGCCAUGACGAGGUAGCAAAAGAUUCCCUCUGGGGUCAUGAAUGUCGUCUUCUCAGCGUCAUCUUCAUGCAUGGAGAUCUGGUGGUACCCUCUGAAAGCGUCGAGGAACGACAUCAACUCGCACCCCGCCGUCUCGUCCACCAGCUGAUCAAUGUUGGGGAGAGGGAACGGGUCCAUGGGGCAUGCCUUGUUCAGGUCAGUGUAAUCAACACACAUUCUGAACGUCGGCGGUUUAUGUGCGAGGACGACGUUGGCCAACCAUGUCGGGUACUUCACCUCUUUGAUGUGUUUGAUUGAGAGGAGCAUGGCGACCUCCCCUCUGACGAAGUCCCGCCUGUCGGCGGACAAGUAGCGCCGCUUCUGCUUGACAGGCGCGGAGGCCGGAUCGACGGUCAGCCGGUGAGUGAUCACCUGGCGGCUGAUGCCUGGCAUAUCGUCCGGGCCCCACGCGAAGAUAAUGGCGUAUGACCGUAGGACGAGGAGGAUGGCGUCUCGUUGGUCCUGGGGGAGUUGUUUUCCGACUCUGAGAACCCGCUCCGGCCGGGAGGUAUCCAGAGGGAUUUCCUCGACCUCCUCGGCCGGCUCCGCAUGUGGCCUCUCCUCGUCCAUGGCGGCGGCGGUCGUGAUGGUGUCUAUUCUCUGGCCUUCCCUCUCGGCCGGCCUCGUCAGUUUGAGGUAGCAUGCCCUGGCUAUCCUCUGGUUUCCUCUGGCGUAGCCGAUGCCGUCGUUGGUGGGGAACUUUAGGCACAAGUGCUUCAUGGAGAUGAUGGCCUCCAAGUCCUCCAGCGCUGGCCGGCCCAAGAUCAGGUUGUGGGCGUACUGGAGGUUGACCACCAUGAACUCCGUGUCAUUUUUGGCAUGGUGGGGGCCGUCACCGACCUCCACGGGGAGGACUAUCGUGCCCUCAGCGUCGAUAGAGUCCCCGGUGAAGCCGGAUAACGGUGUCUUGAUCGGCUUCAACAGAGCUCUGUCCAGCUUCAGCUGCUUGAAGGUGUCCAGGUACAUCACGUGGACGGAGCUCCCCGUAUCGAUGUAAGUUCGGUGGAUGAUGGAGUCACCGAUCUCACAUCGGAUGACGAGGGCGUCCCUGUGUGAUUCCGUACCCGAAGGCAGAUCCCUGUCGGUGAAGGUGAUCGCCUCCGUUCGCUGCUUCUUCGGCUGGGGGGGGGGGGGGGACGUGGGACACCUCCCCAAUGUAAAGGGAUUGGGCCCAUUUCUUUCUCUGAGUGGCGGAGUCCCCCCCAGUGUUCCCACCUACGAUGAGGUGGAUGUGAUUCUUCUUCGGCGGGGGCUCUUCAAAGUCCUCGUCGUCGCUGAGCCUACCAAUCUCCCGCUUCUUCGCAGAGGGUUCACCCCCAUGUUUGCCGGUGUUUACCCAAGUGUUCUUGCGUGGGCCACCUUUGACAAACUGGGAGAGUUCCCCCUGGCGAAUAAGGCGUUCGAUGGCCUUCUUCUGUGUGAUGCAAUCGUCGGUGUUGUGCGACGAGUUCUUGUGGAACCGGCAGUAUGUGUCGCCCUGCUGGAUGGCAACGAUCUCCUCGGCCGGCCGAGGAGCCUGCUCGAUGAGGCCGUGCUUCUCGGCAUAAUCGAGGAUGGUGCCGACUGGGUGGGUGAGGGUUACCCCCGGCCGUUCCAACCUCGGCCGCCAGUGGCGAUCGUUCUUACUCUGUCCACCAGAGCCGUGACGGCCCUGGGCACCCUGGCCGGCCGGGGACGGACCCGGGGCCGGCGAAGGAUUUGUCUUCUUGGGGGGAUGGCCCCCCUCUCUCUUGUGAUUGUGGAGCUCGUCGGCGUCGGCAUACAAACCUCCGCGCUGGAGCGCCUUGGCGUACGACCUUAGGGGGUCGGUGAUGAGGCUCCUAGCGUACGGGGAGCUGCGGAGGCCCCCCUGAUACAAGGCAAGGAGGGUGCGCUCAUCGGCCCCCUCGACCUCCUCGGUUUCCCUCGUCCACCGAUCAAUAAAUGACCGGAGGGAUUCUUCGUGCUGCUGUUUCACGGAGAGCGGGUGGGUGAAAUACUUCUUCGCGCGCUUCCUCCCGGCAAAGUGAGUGAGGAAGCGCUGGGCGAGAUCCUGCCAUGAGUCGAUACUCCCUUCGGGGAGCGCGUUGAACCACUCGUACGCUGGCCCCUCGGGAGUAGAGAGGAACCAACGGCAGAGGUAUUCGUCAGACGCGUUCACCAUCAGCAUGUUGUUCUAGUAACGGCUGAAGUGUUCCUGGGGGUCUGAUCGGCCGUCGUAGGUCUUGAUGGCGUUCCCCCUGUACUUCUCCGGAAUGGGGGCCGAGAGGACCCUGUUGGUGAAAGGGGUCCUGGUCCUGACCUGGAUGAUGGGGUCACCUCGCCCCUCGGCCAGCUCCCUCUCCAGGGCGCUGACCUUGUUCAUGAGCGCGUUGAGGCCGGGGUCGUUGGAGGCGCCGGGCGUAGGGAUGUUGGCCGACUGCUUGGCUUCCAUCUGAGCCAGCCUCCUUUCCAGCUGGGCGAUGACCUCGUCCCGCGGGUCCCUGGCGGCCGCAGCGGCGCCCGGCUGGUUCCUCAUGCGCUCGUUGUGAGCCGCGUUGAUCUGGUGACGCACGUCAUCCUCGUGCAACUUUCCCUUGCCCUUGUCCGGGCGGGGCUGGUCCGCUGUCCGGGACACAGACCCCAAGCUUUCCCUCGGCGAGCCGGGACGAGGAUCACCAAUCCGUCCCGCCAUCCUCUCCGAAACCGGACGACGGCACGUGUCACCUAGCCUAUUGAAGGCAGAGGCUUUUCCACGCGCUGGGGUCUGCCCAGGCCGAAGAGGGGAAGCAGGGUGGGAGUGGGACGACGCCGUGUCCUGGGGCACCACCCCCUCAUCGUUGCCUAUCUGGACGGCCAACGGUUGGGGCUGAGGGGGUUGAGUGACGUUCCCUCCGGUCCUUGGCAAGAGUGCGCUGAGGACGGUGGGGUUCUGAGCCAGGCUGGCGAUGAUGACCGACAGCGCGGCCUGGACCUGCGGAUCCACGGACGGAGAGGCUGCGGCCAUAGGCUGGGCCGGGGCGUGGUCCGUCUUCUCAGCUCGCUUCUUGUCCAGGCCGAGGCGGGCAUCAGGGACUCCGCCGUUGAGUUGGUUGCGGAGGUCCGUCGUGAGGUUGAAGGCCUCCUGGAAGAGGUCCCCUCCGCCGACCUGGUCGGCCGUGGCGUCCUCAUCGUGCUCUCUGGGCUCUUGGUCCUCAGGGAUGGUUUUGCUGACGAGGUUGCGGUUUGACUUAGUUCUCCCCAUGAUCAGUGGUUAGCUGUGCUUGGUAGCGACGAAGGGUGUUAACUUGAUUGUUCUAGCUCUCAACGAGAGCACCAAAUGAUAGAGUAUAUCUAGAGAGAAGUGAGAGCUAGAGAGAGAAGUGCAAUAAUAUGCUUCAAUAGAAUGAUUUUGUAACCCUAUAACUACUCCCAAGGGGAGUAUUUAUAGAGAAAAUACGGGCUGGACUCUCAAACCUUGGGCUUGGGAGGCCCAUUUACAACUGGACCGCUACUGGGCCGAAUACAAAGCCACUAAUGGGCUGUACAAAUGAGUAAGUGCGAAAUCCGGUUCUGGGAGGUCCUCGUGGCCGACGAGGGCGUGGCCGACGAGGGCACGGCCGACGAGGGCACCCGGGUUCCUUGGGCUCAGGACCAUAAUCUGGGUUGGCCCCUUCUUCGGCCGACGGGGGCGUCUUGGCCGACGAGGGCGCCACUCUGUGUCUUGUGUUUUCUGUUCUUCCGAGUAUGUGGGUCCGGGGGCUCAGACCCAUAUACUCCAUCACUUACUCUAUCCUAUAAUGAAAUAAUUUGCAAUUUUACUUUUCUUGACAACAUGAUGUAAUUUUAUUCUCUUAUUUUGAGUAUAAAAUUUACGUAAAAUUUAAUUUUCAAAAGAGAUUUACAUAUUAACGUCCAAAUUGUAUUAUUAGCCAAUCCUAAAGAUCACAAAUUAAAUUGCAAAUCAAUUUAGGAUAUGUGAUGUUUCCCAUACAAUUCAAUGUAUUCUAAAUGUUUUAUAAAAAAUCUCAUUUAAUCGGUGAUAGGUGUUUUGAGUGGGUGUGAAUCAACAUAGUUUCUCUAUUUGAGAAAAGCAUACUCUAGCACAAUUGGGGUGUAAAAAAUAUUGCUCCCCAACCCAUCCAAGCACAAAUGAACUGCCACCACUUCUUUUCAAGCAGUGAGAGAAUACGGAUCAUACCAUUCUUUUUGUUAUCAGUUAGUUGAUGGCGGACAUUUGGUGAUUGCCAAAUCCCAAUACUCCAUCAAGUGUGCAAUUGGCUUUCUAUGCAUUGCGUUGAGUUGCACAUCUCUAAUGUUAAAAUAAAAACACAAGUGAUACAAUCAAAAUUAGAUCAAUUCAUCAAGUUUUAAAACAAAGGCAUUCGACCGAAAUACAUAGACUUCAUACUUGCAAUGAGUAUUUUAUAUUCAACAACACUUACCCAUAGGUAAUUGGAGCAAAAUUGUUAGCAGUGGAAGUUUCAACAUUUUUUCCUGGAAAAUUCUUUGGGAGGAGACCCAAAUGAAUAUUUAUGUUAUAAAGUUUUAAAAAAAUGGUUAUUGAUAAGUGAUCAAAAUUUAAUAUGAUUCGAAUAUUUUUUUCAAAUUUUCUAGUAUCCGAGAAGUAAAGAAAACAUCAAUAAUCAAGAGAUCUAUUGUUUGUGGAGUCACUUACCCAAUGCCCAAGCUUCCUCCAAGAGGGAGAUCUACCGCACCAUCCAAUUAUAGUUGCAAGAGUGAUAUACUCCUAACUCUGUCUUGCUCUUUGAAUAGACUUAUUGAAAUACUGUGGUUUGUUGAGAUUGCUUUUUCCACACCAAAACUCACUAUCUCUCUAUCACAAACAAGUGAAACUACAAAUGCCACAAGUAACCCCAAAUCAACAGAUGUUCUCCCACUCAUUGUUGAUUCUUCAUUGAGCUUUUUGACUCAUAAUUGUACAUUGCACAAUUUAAGAAUUUUGAUUUUGGGGUUUAAACAUUUUGUGCAUUGAACAAUAUGUUCAGACUCCAAAUUUAAAUUUCUCAAAAUGUGCAUUGUACAAUUAUGAGUCAAAAAGACCAAUGGAUGGAUCAACCAUGAUUGAGAGACCAUUCAUUUGGUUUUACUUAUGGUAUUGAUAAUUCCAUUUGUUUGUGACAGAGAUUGGUUUUACUUAUGAUUGUGAGAGACCAUUCAUCUGGUUUUACUUAUGAUUGUGGGUUUUAGCGUGGAAAAGGCAAUCUCAACAAAUCAUAGUAAUGUAAUAAGCACAUUCACAGAGCAAAAUAGUGUUAGGAGUAUCCGGCUCUUGCAAUCAUGCUUUCAUGGCGACUCAAAUCUCCACCUUGGAGAAAGCUUUAAGAUUUGUGAUGUGAUUCCACAAACAAUCGAUCUCUUGAUGUUUAUUUAUAUCUCGCAUACUAGAAAAUUGAAAAAACACAUUCAAAUCAUAUUAAAUAUUCACUUAUCAAUAAUUAUUUGUUUUUGUUAGAAUUUAUUACACAAAUAGUCAUUUGGGGUCUUUUCCUACAGAAUUUCAUGUCCAACUUAAUUAGACACAGGAAGUGACGGUCUAUGAGUGAAUUGUGUUUGUGGCAAGAAAUAUUGUGAACACCAAUCCAUGCUAGAGGUAAAAUUCGACAUGACUUUAUUUUCCUUAUAAUAGUCAAAGGUCCAAAAAAGGUUAAAAUGAUUAACAUAUAUUACAUGUUAUAUAUAUCUACUUACAUGUCCAUUUGUCCUUCUUUGACCCAUUGACCUCUGUGACGUUGAGAUUCAAUCUGUGCCUGACAAGGAAAUAUGCACCGGGGUUGGUUCCGGAUGUUCUGUCCAGAACCACCACACUUACUCUCAUCACUAUCAUUUUUGGGCACUACUGCAUUAUGUAACUAAUAUGUUCCAUUUAGGAAAAAAAUGGAACCUCCACUAUUAACACCUUCUCUAAUUACUUUUGCGUAAGCAAUGUUGAAUAUCAAAUAGACAUUCUAUGUAUGAAGUGUAUGUAUUUCGAUUGAUUUUUUUUUGAAAACUUGAUGAAUUGAACUAGUUGUUUCUUUCUUUGUAUCACUUGUUUAUUUAUUUUAACAUUACAUAUGCAACUCAGUGACAGGGCAUAGAAAUCCAAAUUGCAACACUUGAUGGAGUAUUAGGAUUGUUCAAUCGCCAAAUUUACGCCGUAAACGAGCGAGUAGCAAAAGGAGUAAUAGUAUCCACAAUCUCCCGCGGCUUGAAAAGAAGUGGUUGCUGUUCAUUUUUGCUCUGAUGGGUUGUGGUCACUAAUAUUUUUACACCCCAAUUGUGCAAUGUAUGUUUUUAUGAAAUGGAGAAACUAAGUUGAUUUCCACGCACUCACAACCUAAAGCAGACCCUUUUUGUAAAACAUUUAGAUUGUGCCGAAUUGUAAUGAUAAAAAUCAC